GUUGGCAGUGGGCACAGCUGCUCUCGCCGCUUUUCUCUUCUUGCCAAUGUUUUCCGCUUAUGAUAAGGCCUAACAUCAAGCCGCUGCCAAGGACUAGGUAUCAGUUUGACAACCCUUCAAAGUUGCAUUAGUAGCAGCUUUCUGAAGGCCUUUUCUCUUCCUUCAACUUCCAGUUCGACGAAUCUUAGGCGCUGCGGCCAGUUUGUCAUCCACGAGGCGCACCAUGGGGGUCCCUAGCACGUCCUUCGGGCGCACGCCGCAGCUCCUGUUCCUUGUCUGUUUUUGGACAGCAGGGGGAGUGUUGAGCCAGCAACUUGUAUCCGCCCCUCCAACUAUGACCCACGACUUUAACACUUAUUAUCUCAGCCGCCUGGGAAGGGACAUCAAGUACUACUCCUUGCUGACAGGACGCAACGUGUUUGACACAAAUGCGUACAACCUCGUCAAUGGGCUGCCCGAUGACAUCAGUCCUAUUGCCGCCGCUGCGCUGACAUCACCCAUAAGGGGUGCCUAUGUCAGCAACGGCCUGGGAGGCAGAGUGGCCGUGGAUGUCUAUUACAAGCUGUUGCGUUGCGUGUCGGACGAGUCGAACUGUGUGAGCUUGGAGCGGGUAAUGAUUGGCAACUCGCGAGUCCGGGACUCGGAGCCUAGGGGAGUGCUGGUUACGGCAAAGGAGGGGAUUGGCAACACGGGUUGGCUCAUCAAUGCAAACCAGUCGGCUGCCAACGCACUUUUGAACUUGAUCAAGCGGACGUUGUUGAGCGUCGUUCCCUUCACCCUGCGGUUGUCUUUUCCUACUGGUGUGGAGUGCCCGUUUCUAUCAUUCGAGGAGGCGCUCACAGCAGCGGCAUAUUGGGGAGCAGCCAUCGCAACAUCUCCAGUCUUAUCCUUCUCUGAGCCAAUCAUUCCCAAGACUAUCGUCAACCUGACUCAAUCAAAUAAUACUAGGUGUCUCCCGAACGCAUUUGCCGAGUAUGGGUCAUUUGCCUCUGGGCAGACGAAUGACAUCAAGGAUGCCAGCAAAGCCCACACGACUCUUCUUGACCAGCUGCUGGUUUUUAAUUCGUCGGCGGCGUGCUUGGCAACAAUCUCGAGUUUUACCGUCACUAAACGAGAUCUUGGAGAGGACGCCUGCUCGCAGCUGUACUUUGGUGAUGCGUCUCAACGGAACGAGGCGGCGGUUACGGCGUUAUGGCUUGACCCAACAGAGUUGGUCACCGAGGCAAACUUGACCAAGCUAUCCAGUAUCUGCUAUAGAGAUUACCACCUUGAUGUUGAAACCAUCUUACAGCAGAUCCCCUUCGACUUCGAUGCUGACCGCCUCUUCCUCGUAUCCUCUACGGACGUGAAGAUCCAUCUAGAUGCAGUUGCCGCCAGUGCGGCUUCCGUUGUCGCGCUCGAGAUCGCGCUCGCGUCUUCUGGCAUCGUCGUCUCGCACUUUAUCGCCCGCUCUAGUUUCUAUCGCCGGCAGCGCGUCUCAAGCGGUUUUGCGCGCGUGGCUGCGUGCACCAUCACAGCUCUUGCGGUCACCACUUUCAACGUCCCCAACUUUGGGCUCGUCUACAAGUCGCUCGUUAACCACAACGCAGAGCGCAUGUUCACGACUGUAAGCACGCGUCAAUACCAGGCCGGCAACUACUCUGGCACUCUGCUCGCGGAGACGCACGCCUUCGUGGCCGUCCGUGGCUCCGCCGCCACCGCAAUCAUUGGGCUCCUCCUCUACGCGCUCACUCUUGUAUUCUCGCUGUACGUUACCUGGGAGGAGUUCUCCAAGAUUAUCAGCCGCAAGAACGAGGCCGCCCGCUACCUCGGCCAUGAGGCACUGAUUGCCAACGAAGACCUCCUCGUUGAGUGGCGCGGAACCGACGGCAAUUUGAUCAAUAUGCUCCAUCCGACUGCGGUCGAGGAAGCGGGAUGGGCCGCCGAAUUAGAGCUCAAGCGCCGCGCCGUGGCACGCAAGCAGCUCGAGAGCGGGGGUUCUGAUACGGGCGGAUCGAUCGACCGGGGUUCCGAAGAGUUGCUGUCCCUUAGAGCAGCUGCGUACCGCUAUCAGGGCCUGGAUUCGCUCAAGGAGAUGUACCGGAGUGGACCUCCUCCGGUUUAAGCGGCGCUCACCGUGGCACGUACUGGGUCUUUGGAUCCGAGACGUCAGAACGAUUGUGUAUUUGCGAAAGAUGAAGGAGGCGGGUGCUGCCAAAUUAACCUUUUAAAGGAGCGCGGCACUACUCACUUGUCAGUCAGGCAUCCUUUUGACGAACGCCAACUUUUGGCCUUCCCCUCAAGAGUAAUAUUUUUGAUGGAUGUAUAUUCUAGUAGGAAAACUAGGUGCACAGCAACAUAAGUUUUCUUUUAUGUGCUUCUCGAAGUUAAGCACUAGGCUUGAGGGGUACGUGUGGCAUGUAUUGGUAAUUAGGUACAAGUCCAGAUGAUAGAGGAGUAUUUAAGCACGUACAACGUUGAGCGUGACUUGCAUCAAGUCGUUCCCUGCUGAUUGCUUUCUAUUGCUGCUGCUUCGUGUAGAUGAUCUGGAACAGACUUAAAAUGAGGGUGAAAAACGGGGCGAUCGAGGUCUAGCGGCAGGCUACUUCGGGUAAUAGAGGAUAGAGAAGCUUCUUUGAUGAAGAAACACUGAAAUCUACCUAGUAGCAAGUUGCUCGGAAGGAGCUAAUAUGUAGGUGUAACACGCGCGGUCAAGCGACAUGUACUUUGAGUGUGCCGUUGACGUUAUGAGCGGGGAUAAGGCAA